UCGUCCUGAUCGUCCUGUUCGCCCAGUACCUGCGGCACAUCCCCAUCCGCCUGCCCGGCUACCGGCGCGGCAAAGGCUUCGUCCUGCUCCGCGUCCAGAUCUUCAAGCUGUUCCCAAGCAUCCUGGCCAUCAUGGUGGUGUGGCUGCUCUGCUACAUCCUGACGCGCACCGGGGUCUUCCCCAGCCAGCCCGAGGCCUACGGCUACAAGGCCAGGACGGACGCGCGGGGGGAGAUUCUGUCCGUGGCACCCUGGUUUCGGGUCCCCUACCCCUGCCAGUGGGGUCUGCCCACGGUGACCUCGGCAGCCGUGCUGGGCAUGUUCAGCGCCACGCUGGCGGGCAUCAUCGAGUCCAUCGGGGACUACUACUCCUGCGCCCGGCUGGCCGGAGCCCCCGCUCCCCCCGUGCACGCCAUUAACAGGGGCAUUUUCACCGAAGGCAUCUCCUGCAUCAUCGCGGGGCUGCUGGGAACCGGCAACGGCUCCCCCCCCUCCAGCCCCAACACCUCCUCCAGCCCCAACAUCGGCGUCCUGGGCAUCACCAAGGUGGGGAGCAGGAGGGUGAUACAGUACGGGGCCGGCAUCAUGCUGGUGCUGGGGACCGUCGGCAAGUUCACGGCGCUGUUCGCCUCCCUGCCCGACCCCAUCCUCGGAGGGAUGUUCUGCACCUUAUUCGGCAUGAUCACGGCCGUCGGCCUCUCCAACCUGCAGUUCGUCGACAUGAAUUCCUCCCGCAACCUCUUCGUGCUGGGCUUCGCCAUGUUCUUCGGGCUGACGCUGCCGAAUUACCUGGAUUCCAACCCCAAGGCCAUUAACACAGGUGUCCCCGAGCUGGACCAGAUACUGACGGUGCUGCUGACGACGGAGAUGUUCGUUGGAGGGACCAUCGCCUUCAUCCUGGACAACACCAUCCCGGGUAACUGA